GGGGGGGACACUUUGUUUCCGGCGGAGGUGGAAAAGAACAGCAUGGCAUCACAUUUUUGGAUUGUCUUUUCUGCCCAUUGUAGUGUCAUACGCAAGUCAAAAUGAACAGCUUAGCAAAGCAAAACUUUACUACAUUAGCCGAAGAUGGCAUCAACAGUCAAAUUCAAAUAGAACAAACCGCAAGUCAGGUGUAUUUGGCCGCAGCUGCGUAUUUUGCUAGAGAUAAUGUCGCACUCCCUGGCCUUGAACGUUUUUUCAGAGAGCAAGCCCACGAAAACCAAGAAAGUGCACAGUACUUAAUUGAUUAUCAAAAUACUCGUGGUGGUCGCGUUGAGAUCAAACAGAUUCCAGAACCUAACACGGAGUGGACCUCGGCUAUGAAUGCUAUCGAAUCAAGUUUGUCUUUGGAAAAGGAUGUGAAUAAGGCUUCGCUGAAUUUGACAACUCUUGCUAUUGAUCAAGCGGAUCCCCAUUUUUUCCACAUUUUAAAGAAACAUUCUUUGAAGCAUCGUGUCCAAUCUAUUGAAGAGCUUGCCAAGGCCAUAACUCAGAUGCAGCGAGCAGGUGGUGACGGUCUUGGCUUGUACCUCGUCGAUCAGGACAUCUGGAAGCAUGGUCAUUUCUCCGUAGGAAGGCUUGGCCUAGGUGGCGAAGAUUAGAUCCGGAAGGAAAGCUUUGCAAACAUGGCGCAGGCUCUCACAUUACAUUGCCACACUGUAAUUCUCUCAUCCACAUCCGUAUUCACCCCCCGAGUAACUUGU